GCUAGGAGGAGCUGUGCCGCUCGCGCCGCUGGGGGCUGUGGCCUGGCCCGCUGCGAGCGGAGGGUGCGGACGCAGCCUGCUUUUCUGAGUGCGGAGCCGUCAGCGGAGAGGUUACCCCUGCAGCGGGGCGGAAGAGGACUUACCUUUUUUUUUUUUUCUUUGAGAGGUCAAAAUCUGCAGCCGUCUCUCUGCUCUUUAAGUAAGAGCUCUGAGAGUGGCUUGAGACGGAGUGACCUGUGGACUCCGACGCUUGCGGAACCCCGAGCGGAGGCAACGGGUUACGAAUUUUGCGGUUGGGAAGGUGCAGCCCUUUCUUUAGAGUGGCUCGGCUCUGUGGCAAACUUGUCAUUGCUAAGAGGUAUAUUAACAGUCAUUUUCGGGCCCACCACAGAAAAUGAUGCAUCCUGUUGCCAGCAGUAAUCCAGCAUUCUGUGGCCCUGGCAAGCCUUCCUGCCUCAGUGAAGAUGCCAUGAGAGCUGCUGAUCAGUUUGACAUAUAUUCCUCUCAGCAGAGUAAAUACAGCCACACAGUCAGCCACAAACCAAUGGUUUGUCAGAGGCAAGAUCCGUUAAAUGAAACACACUUGCAGACUACAAGUGGCAGAAGCAUAGAGAUAAAAGAUGAACUAAAGAAAAAGAAAAAUCUCAACCGAUCUGGUAAGCGUGGCCGACCCUCAGGAACCACCAAGUCAGCAGGAUACCGGACCAGCACAGGCAGACCUCUGGGAACUACCAAAGCAGCUGGAUUUAAGACAAGUCCAGGCAGACCUUUGGGUACAACUAAAGCUGCGGGAUACAAAGUCAGCCCAGGGAGACCUCCAGGUAGCAUUAAAGCUCUAUCCCGCCUUGCUGAUCUUGGUUACGGCUGCGGCACUGCUGCUUUUCCUUACCCCAUGAUGCAUGGCAGAGCAGUUCAUGGAGUGGAGGAAAGCAGCAGUGAAGUGAAGCCACCCAAUGAGUGAGGGAGGCCGGAGAGUAGGCUGGGUUUAGAGAGAGAUUUUGAGUAAUCCCAAAGCUCUUGGUUUGUUUUUGACAGACAUAAUUAUAUAGCCUAGGCUUUCCAAAUUCGUUUUUCUGUUUGAGUUUUCCCCCCUGCUUUUGCUCAGGAGCUGCCAUAUGCUUUCAGAUGCACUCGGGGUAUGAGCAGGGCCAUUGUAUUUGUACAUAGGUUCACACAUAAUACCUAACUAAAACAGUUGCUUUUCCUUAUGAUUAUAUCUUAUGUUUUAUUACUACUUUUGGGUCAUUCUUAAUAGAUGCUUUAUGUGCUAAAUAACUGAAACCAUUAUACAUAUUAGUUUGUGAGGUAAGCCUAUAAUAUCUAAGGGAUGGAGCAAAAAAACAAACUCGCAAUUCAAGAUUACUUGAGGUAAUGGCUAUGUGAGUUUUCACAGCAUUUAUGUUCAUGAAACAGGACAUGGCUGUUUGUAUGCUUUAGAAUUUAUAGAGACUGCAAAUGUUAAAACUUACUUGUAGUGUUGUGAGUUUAAGCAGCUUAUUUAUUGAUCUACGUGGCAUUAAUUGAUUUAACCAUUAUUCUUAAAAGAAUUCCUUAGGAUUUUCCUUUCAGCAGUGAUUGCUUUUAUAUUUAAGUUACCUAUGAGCAUAUGUACCAAACACUACAAACAGUUCAUAUUUACAAAAAUUUAAACUAUCUUAUAAAAACUACACAUUGCAUUUUUAGUAAAAUACAAUGCAUUCUGAGAAUAGCAUAUUUAAUAUAAUAGAAAAAGACAUUCUUAAGGUCUGCAUGUAGCUACAGUCACUAAUUUUAUACUUAGUUUUAAGUAUUGUUAAAAAAUCUGUUAAUGUUACUCAUUUAUUUGGAGUGUUUUUUAAUAUUUCUGAGAAAUUGUCCCAUUGCAUUAAUGCUUAAUUUCAGGUUUAUAUCUACCAAAGGACACACAUUGAGUGGUAGACUGUAAAACUGGUAUAAACAAAAUGCAAUUUCCUAACUCUUAGAACCCAAAACUAAUGUAGGAAGCCAUCUAUGCAUGUAACAUGUAAAAAGUUUUUGGUUAGUCUGAUUAAAAACCUUCUUGUGGCUCUAAGGGACCACUUCAUCCAAAAUAACUCCCCUCCACAAUAAUACUUGCUUUAGAAGCAAUAUAGAAAAUAGAAUAAUGAGGGGCUGGGGAUUUAGCUUAGCGGCAUAAGCGCCAGCCUUGCAAGCAGGCAGUCGUGAGUUCGAUCCCCGGUACCGAUAAAAAGGAUAAAGACCAAAAAAAAGAAAAAAAAAACAAAGAGAAUAAUGAAUAUUGGGGAAAUACAUUUAUUAGGGACAGAAACUCCCUUUCUUUCUGAAAGUAAUAUUCCUUAUUAAUGUUUUAUUCUGAGUUCUAAAAAAUAUUAUAAACUUCAGAUACGGAAAAUUCCACUGACCUUUAAGUUACAGUGUUUGUACAUGUGACAUGAAAUGCCUUUGAGAUUAAAAUGUAAUUUUUUAAGACCCAAACUUUUAAAAUAAUUAAAAUUUUAAAAGGGCACAUAUUGCAUUGGUUGGGCUUGCUCUCAGUUAAUACAAACUCUGCAAAUGGUUGUCAUGUUUCAUACCUUUUUUAUCAGGAAAAAAGCAGCAAGCCUUCAGGUGUUCCAGUGAUGCCUGACACAAUGAGCUGGACUUUGUACUGCUCUUUACAGUAAGAGGUGUUGCAUUUUAUGUGGGGACUGUGUGUGCACUGGCAUCUAAGACAGUGACCUCAACAUUAGCUUUGCACAAACCAUAGUGAACAAUGUUGGCUAACUACGCAAUCAGUCUGUAACAUUCUGGCAGCUAAAAUGCUACAAGAGUUUCUUCUUGCAGAAGCUUAGACUAUAUAACAAAUUUAGUAAUUUCCUCAGAACAGUAUAACUUCUGACACACACAAAUGCUUGCAUCCUUAUUCAUGUGUUCGUCCAUCCCUAUUUCUUCUGUAUCUGUCAUUUAGCCAUUUCUCAAGAUGAUGUUCAGCAGUUGGCUGCUUAGAAGGCCUUUCUAAUUCCUAGAGACAGUUCAGUUAAUUCUUCUACCAUAGAAUACUUACCAUUGUCAAGAAUUGGUUACAUGUUUAAGUUCAUUUGACAUUACCCUUUCAUUGGUGAUUUUGUUAAACAUAGCCUUCCUGUUUUUCCCCUGCCCUUUGCUACAUUCAUUCCCUUCCCCUUUCCUCCGACCCUCCAGCACAUCUACUCAGUGGUGCUGUGCUGUGUGUCAGAAAAUAAAGCAGGUGUAUUAUUGUACAAUAAAUUUUGUAUACAUGUUUAUGAAAUAAUGAACUAAAGGAGAUAUGUCCAUCACAGUGUUUAUUAUCAGAGCUAUGUCCCAGGGGGCCUGGGGACAUACGGAUACAAUUGUGGAUUAGUAACAUCAUUUAGAAAGCUGAAUUUGCUGUUCAUGAGCACUUGGAUUAUUAGAGCUACACACUGGUGAACAUCUCUUGAUUCCACUUACCUUUACUCCAAGUGAACAGUUUACUGGUGCCACACUGAAGAGAAAGACAUGAGUGGUAAAAUGAAUGAAGUCUUAAAAUGCAAAAUAUUUUUAAUUCUAUAUAAUCUGAAGACUAUUGUGCAUCUUUUGUAACACUGUCUCUUGUCAUUAUAAACACUGAAAUAGCAUGUUGAACGGUUGCCUAUACUCAGUUGGGGAAAACUGGCCUUUUCCCUGCACUGUAUGAUUGUUCCUUAAAAGGUAAAUUGCUAAUUUUAUACUACGUAAUUCUGUUCUUCACAAAAUAGGUUUCACUAUUCUAUAUAAAACUGUUGGGUCAGAAAAUGAUCUGCUAUUCAAGUAAGUUUGUUUUACUUUUUCUUUAAGAAGUAUUUUAACAUGCCUUAUUUAUUGUUACCAUAUUAACAAGUAGGGUAAUACAGAGGAAAUUUUCAUUUUUUUGACAGAUAUAACCUUGCAUAACUAAUCUUUGGUAGGGGUGAUUUUGAUACUAUCUUUGGAGUUUUGCACUGGGUAUUAAAAAUAUACUGGCACAAUGUAUUACAAGAAAAUUAGUAUCUGUAUUAAUUUUUAAUAUUUGAGGACAUUUUUUAAAUCCAUGUUUUAAUUAGACUAAAAAUUCUACUUUUUUAUUUAGUUUUGGAAGAAACCUUGUCAAGGUGGUAUUCAUUCCAAACUAAUGUUUGUGUGAAUUUACAUAUAUAUUUUCAUGAAAUAAAAAGUUUCUUUGUGUUAAGGAGGAAAAAAAAAAUCUAGAUCCAUUUCUUUAAGUUAAAGUUGAUUCCAGUAUAAGAAUAACUACUGUGUAUGAGCUAAAAUAAAUAAAUAAACUUCUUUAUAUUCUAAGAUGCUUUAAAAAAAGUUCAGGGGUUACUAUAACUUUUACUCUAUUAAUCAUUGUCUCUGUAUGCAGUGAAAUCUUACGAUUCCUUUAUAGUAAAAUAUAAGAAUCUACAACAGUCAUUAAAACAUUUUAUACCCUUGAACAUAAAAAUUUUGAUGCCAUUCUGUUUUUCUUGUAUUGUAGCAUAUCUGUUUGCUCUUAAACUCUAGGAUGUAUCUAAAUCUUUCCAUUGCUUUUCCCCCAUCCUAAGUAGUCACAUUUGUGCUCUCACAUAUAAUGUAUUUAAUUUUUGAAAAUUAAAUACUCUAGUAAAUCAAGUGUUAUUUAAAGGAAUCAGAUUCUUUGAUUCUUCAAGUUUUCAGUUUCUUUUUCCACAGAUGAUUAUGGGGAAAAUAAUUACCAAUUACUGACGAUAAGCACGCUGUCCUCUGCUGUAAAAAGUCUGAAUAGAUACUGUGUAUGUUUUUAUGUCCAUGAACUUGAGCUACUCAUGUGCAAUUAUGUGUAUGGGAAUGGAGUAGUGUUCAUGAUUUGUAUUUACAUCAUCAUAUGGAUGUAUAUUUAUUAAUAAAGUCAUUACUUUAAAACAAA